AUGUAUUCCACUCCACAGCCUCGACCGAUGUCCUCAGAAAAACUACCUCGACGAGGAGCAGACGAUGUCAUCUUCCAACACAAAGUAUCUGAACAAAGCAGGAAAGUAACAUACCGUUGGACUGAACAGCAGUCUCGAAUAUUCUGGGAGCAUGUCCAAGAGUUCCCAGAUUAUUAUGCAGAGAACAUCGACGUGCUUUUAAAGAGACUGGAUCUUGACGGCUACGAGGGAAUCGAAACCAAGAAAGGCAUUAAGUUCAAGAAGGAGGUAUUGAUUCCGAAGGUGCUGUCAAAGCUUAGUGAUGUGGUUCUUGACACUGAAAAAUAUAGAAAAUUCAAACCUAACGGAGACGAGAAUGCUUCAUCUGAUGAAUCCCCGAAUUUACCUGCUCAAGUGGAGGAUCGUCAUCCCCCUAUGUCCCUCUCUAAUUUUCCACAAGGACGUGCCGAGCCCGGUCAUACUCAACAUGGUGCAGCUAAGUCAGGUAGCACACUCGGGCUUGAGAACAUAUCUCAGAACUUGCACAACAACAGAGAGUCCGCAACCACAACCAGCCCGCUUGAAGAUAUAGUAAACCACUUGGAGGAUUUUAUCGAGAAUCUCAAGAACGGGAACGGCAGCAAGGGAUUUGCCCAGCAAGGAUAUUCUCGCAGAUACCGUAGUGUUUCGGAUGAUAACACCGAGUUUUCUGAUUACGAUAACUAUUAAGAGACGUACGCUUAAGACGGGGGCCAUCAUGGAAAACAAAGUGAAA